UUUGUGAUAACGCAUAUCGUGAUGAUCCAUCUGGCCGUACUUGCACUCACAACAACAGUCAAUGACUAUGAUGUGACACUACGAGGAUUCAUCGUUGGUGCAAUAAUGGAAGUGUCAUAUCUGCUGCUGUGGCUCCGAUUCUACUACAUUUCCUAUUAUGCAAAUGGUGGCAAGAAAUACAUUGAGCACAACAAAAAAAGCGCCAAAGCGCAGCAGUGA